AUGUCUGUCGAGAAAUACACCGAAAACCUUCCCGCAGAAGCAGCCUUUGCGGUUCGCGCUCUCUUGACGGUUCCAAAAGAGGCCCAGGAUAAGUGGGCAGAGGACGUCCGUACUCGCUUUACCCAAUAUUGCAAUGCAGUCAAGGGAGAAGGCAGCAAUGAGAUGAACUGGACAAAGGAGCAGUGGAUGACCCCUCUUCCAGAGAUGUUACAUUUCUUCCAGCAAAUUUUCGUGUUAUCGGCCAAGGCGGAUCUGGGUAUAUGGACAAAUGAUGAGGUCAGGGCUUGGAAACAGUUUUCAGAGCGUGUCCCUAUGCCUCCUUUCACGGAAGAAGAUGAGGUGGCAGCUCGCGAGGAGAGAGAGAGAAAUUACCGGGGGGCUUUCAAUGGGAGGGAUACUUCGUUCGGGUAUAUUGGUCGCUCUUCAUAA